AAACUCAAACUCUAAUCAGAACCCGGACGCCUUUCGGGCUAUACCGCGGGCAGGGCCUCUUGGACUUUUCCGCGCACCGGCCGGGGCUGCGGUCCAAUAUGAGCCAAGUUCUCUUCCAGCAGCUGGUCCCGUUGCUGGUGAAAUGCAAAGACUGCGAGGAGAGGAGAGUAAGUGUUAGAGUCAGCAUUGAACUACAAUCAGUUUCUAAUCCAGUUCACAGAAAGGAUUUAGUUAUCCGUCUGACUGAUGACACGGAUCCAUUUUUUCUGUAUAAUCUUAUUAUAUCCGAGGAAGAUUUUCAAAGUUUAAAAUUCCAGCAAGGGCUUCUGGUGGACUUCCUAGCUUUCCCACAAAAAUUUAUAGAUCUCCUUCAGCAGUGUACUCAAGAACAUGCCAAAGAAAUUCCAAGGUUUUUGCUACAGUUAGUUUCUCCAGCAGCUAAUCUGGAUAACUCACCUGCAUUUUUAAAUGUGGUAGAGACAAAUCCUUUUAAGCAUCUUACACACCUCUCACUAAAACUUUUACCUGGAAAUGAUGUGGAGAUAAAGAAAUUUUUAGCAAGCUGUUUAAAAUGUAGCAAGGAAGAAAAAAUAUCAUUGACGCAAUCACUAGAGGAUGUUACUAGGCAACUGAACUUAACGCAAAAGACAUUAUCAGAAAAAAUUCAAGAAUUAGACAAGCUACGGAAUGAAUGGACAUCACACACAGCAGCAUUGACAAAUAAGCAUUCUCAGGAACUGACAAAUGAGAAGGAAAAAGCUUUACAGGCACAAGUUCAGUAUCAGCAACAGCAUGAACAACAGAAAAAGGAUUUAGAAAUCCUCCAUCAGCGAAACAUCCACCAACUACAGAACAGAUUGUCUGAGUUAGAAGCAACUAAUAAAGACCUAACUGAAAGGAAAUAUAAAGGAGACUCCACUAUUAGAGAACUUAAAGCAAAACUUUCUGGUGUUGAAGAGGAGCUGCAGCGGACUAAGCAAGAAGUUCUUUCUUUGAGAAGAGAGAAUUCUACACUAGAUUCUGAAUGCCAUGAGAAAGAAAAGCAUAUUAAUCAGCUUCAAACAAAAGUGGCGGUUUUAGAACAGGAAAUCAAGGAUAAAGACCAGCUUGUUUUAAGAACAAAAGAAGCAUUUGAUACAAUCCAGGAACAAAAGGUGGCUUUAGAAGAAAAUGGUGAGAAAAAUCAGGUACAACUGGGAAAACUUGAAGCUACAAUAAAAUCAUUGUCAGCAGAACUUCUGAAGGCAAAUGAAAUUAUCAAGAAGUUACAAGGAGAUCUAAAAACUCUAAUGGGUAAGUUGAAACUGAAGAAUACAGUUACUAUUCAGCAAGAAAAACUCUUGGCUGAGAAGGAGGAAAAAUUACAAAAGGAACAUAAAGAAUUAGAAGAGGUUGGACAGUCUCUCCGAGUUAAAGAGCAAGAGGUAUGCAAAUUACAAGAACAAUUAGAAGCUACAGUUCAAAAACUUGAAGAAAGCAAACAGCUUUUAAAAAAUAAUGAAAAACUAAUCACAUGGUUAAAUAAAGAACUAAAUGAAAAUCAGUUAGUGAGAAAGCAAGAUGUAUUGGGAUCUUCUACAACUCCACCUGCUCAUUCUAAUAGCAGUACAAUCAGAAGUGGAAUUUCUCCUAACCUGAAUGUGGUUGAUGGUAGACUUACCUACCCAAACUGUGGGAUUGGUUAUCCUGUCUCCUCUGCAUUUACGUUUCAGAAUACCUUUCCUCAUCCAAUAUCUGCCAAAAAUACCAUCCACCCAGUUUCAGGACCAAAGGUACAGUUUAACUUGCAGUUUACCAAACCAAAUACAUCGCUAGGAGAUGUUCAGUCAGGAGCAACUAUUAGUGUGCCUUGUUCAACUGAUAAGGAAAAUGGUGAAAAUCUAGGGCUGGAAUCCAAAUACUUGAAGAAAAGGGAAGAUAGCAUUCCUUUACGUGGACUCAGCCAGAAUCUAUUCAGCAGUUCAGACCAUCAGAAAGAUGGCACUCUGGGAGCAUUACAGACAUCUUCCAAACCUGCAGUCCUCCCUUCUACGUCUUCAGCCUAUUUCCCUGGGCAGAUACCCAACAGUUAACUCUAGUAUCAUCCUUCACCUCUUAAUAUUCUAGAUGCUCAGGUGGUUUGGAAAUAGGUUAACAAAUUCUGAAUGAGCAAGUUUCAGAUUUCACUUGAGCUAUUAGGUUGUUUGGAUUCUUUAUUAAAUCUGCUGUCAUUUAAGGCAGACACUUUAUAGUAACAAAAUUAGACUUAUUUGGAGUGAUUUUUUUUUUUUUUUUUUGGUUUAUGAACACAGUGGUUUAUAGAAUAGUAGGAUGAAUUCUAUUAAACUGACCCUUAGAAAUUCAGUUCUAAGGAAACAGUUGAUCCUUACAAGGGACAUCUCAAUCAUAUUGAAAACCUGUGUUGAACAAAGUGGUAUGAAACCAAAGAAUGCUAAUAGCUCAUUUCAUCUUUUUCAUUGGUAAAGUAAGCUUUAAAUUUCCCACCUAAAAACUAUGAGGGGAAACAGUUAUCUGAUAUAUUAUUGAUGAUAUUUACAUUAAAAUGGAAAUGUCCUAAAGUUCGUUACCUUAAAUUAGUGAAAUGAAUUAAGCCUUUAUAGCAAGUAACUAUUUUCCUUGAAACAUUUAAAUUAGCUAUUGAAUGAAUCUGUUAAGAUAUAAAUUAGCUACUGAGUCAGUUAAAAUGACUAUAAUUUUGACAGCAUAUUUACAUAACCAGAUUAAGAAGUUUAGUUACUUGAGCUAAAGUUUAUACUAUUUCAGUGCUUCUUAAAAGUUUACUCAUCUAAUUCUCAUCAGUUAUGCAGUUAAUCUGUAUCAGUGGACUUGUUUAAAAAGUGGCAUCAUACAAAACUUAAUACAUCAUGAAUAUUCAGUUUUCUGUCAAAUUUGAGUUCUUUUUAAAUGUUUACUUAAUAUUAAGUAGGCAAAACAAAUAAGGUUAAAAGUUACAAAUUUCUUACUUUCCCUAUAAUUGACAGUUUUAAGUAGGAACUAUUCCCUGGAAAAAAAUUAUGUCACUUUAAAAAAUUUACCCAUAAUCACAGGGCCCAUUUUGUUUUGUUGCCAACCACUUAUUACAGUAUAGUAUAGUGUUCUCUCAAGAGUCUUCUAAGAAUCAAUUUGUUUGUAAAGUGCUGAUGGUCAGCUGAUAACUUAAAAAUCAUUUUCAAGUACUUUAUUACACAAGUGAGGAAAAAGACAUCAAAAUAUAUAUGGCAUAGCAGUGUUACUGUGUUCCGCGGUAAGAUAAAGAGUUAAUUUUUUUUAACUGUCCUGAGUCAUAUUUUGAAACUGUUGGCAAUCUGCAAGCUGUCUGAAAUUUCAGUAACUGAUCCUAAGCAGUUUACUGUAUUAAUGAGAAUUGGUUACAACACCUUGAAAACGCUUACUAUUCUUAAAAUAUCUUGGCAAUACUGGGAUCUGCUUUGUUGUAAAUACUAUGCAGUACUUUUAACACAUUGACAGGGUUUUAAUGGGGUACAGUGUACAGGUAGUUUAAAAAAUAUUUAUAUAUAUAUUAGACAAUCUCUUGCCACGUGCACACAUGAAAAAUUGAAUUUCCAAAACAGGAUGGAUAGAGGUCACUCUGCUAUCAACUUGUUAUUUUGUUUGUAUUAAAUGUGUGUGUGUGUGUGUGUAUAUAUAUAUAUAUAUAUAUAAAUAUGGACUUCCAAGUGUGCUAAUUCUUUGCUCUACCUCUUAUAACUUUGAAAUGAUUUUGAAGUGUAAAAAUUGUACAUGUGUUAAUAAUCAAAAUGUUGCAUUUAAUGUUAUUUCUGUA